AUGGAGCCGUUGGAGCCGCCACCUGGAGCCGCCUGGAGCCACCAGCACCUCUUGAAGCCGCACCUGCCAGCAGCCAAACCCAGCCAGCUCCCACCCGAAGCCCCUGCUGCCAGCAGCCUUCAACAGCCCAUUGCUCCCAUGGCCCACGACAGCCCACUAGGCCCAAUCGUCUCCCUUGCACCUCCUUCAGCUGCUCCACCAGCCAGCACUCCACCAGCCCAGCCCAGUUCGAAGCAAGCCCGCCAGGCCCAGCCAGCUCCUCCAAAACCAAGAGGAGGAAAAGCAAAGGACCUAGUGACAAAAUCUAUCUACUUAGAGAUGGAUAUAAGGAGAUUUUUCAUAGUUGCUAUUGUGUGUGCACUUUCAUAUUAUUGCAAGGCAGAAGAACAACCAAUAAAACUAUCAAAAGAUGAAGUGAUUGAGAUUGAGAAUCGACUUGAGCGAUUGAACAAGUCUUCAGUCAAGACUAUAAAAGUACAAAGUGGAGACAUUUAUGACUGUGUUGAUUUUUACAAACAACCUGCGUUCGAUCAUCCUUUACUAAAGAACCACAAUUAUGAUUUUCAGAUGAGACCUUCUUCUCGCCCUAAGAUGAUGGAUAAUGAAAAUCAACUCCCAAAAAAUGUGAAACAAAUUUCAAUAGAUAGUGAGUCUAAGGGUGAAAGAUGUCCAACUGGAACUGUUCCAAUAAGAAGAAGUACCAAAGAAGAUCUUAUCAGAGCCAAAUUGUUUACAAAGGCCUAUUCUUCGAGAAUCAUUAGGUCCCAGCUUGCAUCUGAAAAUGAUAGUUUUCAUCAUGCGAUGGUUCGAACAAAAUCUGACCCUGCUAAGAAGUACAAUGGAGGUGGAACAUUUGCAAGCUUUUAUACACUGCCUAAUGUCGGAGACUCACAGUAUACUGCUGGUCGAAUGAAAAUACAUAAUGAGCUUGAUAUCAUCCAAGCUGGUUGGACAGUAAAUCCUGCUAUCUACGGGGAUAAUAAAAAUCGGAUCUUCGUAUAUUUCCAGGCUGGUGAAUUUUCUUGUUUCAAUACGAUGUGUCCAGGGUUCGUUUUAGUUGAUCCUCGUCCUAUAAACGAUUUAAUUCUCGGAGAGGCUCAUCCUGGGUACUGGCCAUCAAGCAUAUUCAGCGGUGGGUUGAAAGACUUGGCCACAUAUGUGGAAUGGGGAGGAGAGACUUACAGUCCGCCUGGUCAAGUUGGCCCUCCAAUGGGUUCUGGUUUACUUCUGAGAGGUGAUAGUCGUUAUGAUGCAUAUUGCAGAGUAUUAACAACUAUAAACGAGGCACACAUCCAAGAAGAUGCUAAAAACACAGAAAAGAUAAAAUCUAUCUACUUAGAGAUGGAUAUAAGGGGAUUUUUCAUAGUUGCUAUUGUGUGUGCAUUUUUAUAUUACUGCAAGGCUGAAGAACAACCAAUGAAAUUAUCAAAAGAUGAAGUGCUUGAGAUAGAGAAUCGACUUGAGCGAUUGAACAAGUCAUCAGUGAAGACUAUAAAAGUACAAAGUGGAGAUAUUUAUGAUUGUGUGGAUUUUUACAAACAACCAGCAUUCGAUCAUCCUUCAUUAAAGAACCAUAAUUACAAUUUUCAGACGAAACCUUCUUAUCGUCCUAAGGUGAUGAUGAAUGAAAAAGAGAGUCCAUAUUGGGGAAGACAAGUAUCAUUAAAAAGUGGAUUUAAGGGUAAAAGUUGUCCAAUUGGAACAGUCCCAAUAAGGAGACAUACCAAAGAAGAACUUGUUAGGGCUAAAUUGUUUACAAAGACUUAUUCCUCAAGAAUUAGUCCCCUUGCACCUGAAGCUGAAGGUUUUCAUCAUGCAAUUGUUCGAACAAAAUCUAAUCCUAACAAGAAGUAUAAUGGAGCUUCUACAUCUGCAAGCUUUUAUACACUUGAUAACGUCACUGGCUCACAAUAUACUUCUGGUCAAAUGACAAUACAAAAUGGAGACGAUAGCAUUCGAGUUGGUUGGACAGUUAAUCCCACUUUGUAUGGUGAUCAUAAGAGUCGAUUAUUCGCAUUUUUUAAGGCAGGUGGAUUAUCUUGUUUUAAUACAAUGUGCCCAGGGUUCGUGAUAGUUAGAACUGACAUUCCUCUAGAUGACGUUCUACCAGAAAAACACCCAGGUGGUUUUGCAUGGGAAUACAACUUCUUUGUUUAUAGGGAUCGAACUACUGGGAAUUGGUGGCUUGAACUUGGAAUUUAUAAUAUUCCAAUUGGAUAUUGGCCAUCAAGCAUAUUUAGUAGUGGCUUAAAAGACUUAGCAACAUAUAUCGACUGGGGAGGAGAGACUUACAGUCCAGUUGGUCAACCUGGUCCUCCAAUGGGUUCUGGUUUAUUUCUAAAAGGGGACACCCGUUAUGAUGCAUAUUGUAGAAAAUUAACAACUGUAAAUGAGGCUCAUGACCCGGAAGAUGCUAAAAACACUGAAAAAGUUUCUAUUGAUAUUGACUUUUAUUUAGUUCAAGAUUGGGGAUUUGUAGGCAAGUCUCGGCGUCUCAUGACAUAUGGAGGACCUGGCCCUAGAUGA